AUGGGCAAGCUAAUCAAAAACCACUGGGCUCGCCUCAUCGUCCUCACGGCUGCCGCCUACCAGCUGGCUGCCGCCAUCGAGGGCUUCUUCUGGCCCAAGAUCUUCUGGGACUUCCUCACCAAGAACUUGGACGGCGCUGUCAAGCCCGUGCCUGCACUCCAAAUAAUCAACCUCAUCCUGAGCCUUAUAGGCCUCGCCUAUGAGUGGCCGCUCAGCUUCAUUGCCGGCUCUUCGUUCCACCGCUCCAUUGAGAUGCGCUUGAUCAUCUAUCCUUUAAGCGCCUUGACUUCUCUCCUGCUGUACCAGGGCACAAAUGCCGGCUUGUACUACAUUAUUGGAAUGAUUGUAUACUUUUGGGCUUACAGCGAGGGCGAGAUCGUCUGCGAAAAGCCCUGGACUCUGCCGAAGAGGGGCAAGCCUCUUGGUCCUUCCAAGGUUUAA